AUGCCUAAAAUAAAAUCUACUUUAAAAACUAAAAUGUCUAAUUGGAUUUGGAUUGCUCCUUACAAUGAAAAUAAAGAAGUGUUUCCAUCAGAUGGAAAAGUUAUAUGUUGUCUCGCGUGUAAAAAAUCUGUGUCUGCUGAAAAAAAAUAUCUAUUAAAUGAUCAUCGUUCCAAAACAAGUAAGUUUUGUAUUUUAUGCUCAUACUACACGUAAUAUACUACAUGUUAUUUCGAAAAUACGUGUGUAUUUUUUUUAGUUCAACACAUCAACGCGUUACAAAGGAAUAAAGAAAAAAAACAGCUUUUGAUUACUUCUCAAAAUUCGAGUAGUAUAAAUGUAAUUUUUGAAUAUUUACGUAAUGCAUUUGUUACUGUAAAUACUCCUUUGCAUAAGCUGGACAAUCAUGUGUUAAAAUCAUUUUUGGAUAAACAUACUGGCAAAUUAAUUCCGGACGAAAGCACUUUAAGAAAAAAUUACAUACUAAAUAUUUAUAAAAGCGUUAUGGACCAAAUAAUUAGUGAUAAUGGAAAUAAUUAA